CAAAACCAGGAGCUUUACGCAACUGUACCCUAAGGCCAUAUGUGGUGACCUCAGCAUCGUUAAAUUCAUCGAAUCAAACAACAAUUCAUGCCAAUCAAAUGAUGAUGCCAACACAAUAUGGAAGGCACGAAACAAAUUUCCCGCAUAUGGAAUUUGUACGUGAGCGACAUAAUAAUAAUAACAACAACAACAAUAAUAAUAAUCAUGCUGAUGCUCGUGGUGGUGCUAGUGGUUCGAGUGUUACUAGGAAUCCCAAACAAGUAAAUCCUGCUGCAAGUAACAAUGGAAAACAUGCUAGUAAAAUCCACAAUAAAAUUAACAAUGAGGGUAACAACAAAGGCAACACCAACAAAGGCUCUGGAAAUGGUAUGGCUAGCAAAACUAACAACAAUAUUAAUCAACAGCAUGUUAUACAACAGCAACAAAAACAACAACAAAUGAUACAGCAAAAAUAUCGCCGGCCCUUGACGCCCCAACAAAUGCAACUUCUAAAAAAACGCACCACAUUUACCCCCUCGGUGGCCUUGGUCGGUCUCAAGCGACAGCAACAACAGCAAGAUAAAAAUAAACAACAGUUACCACAAAACAAAUCGUCACAAACUCAACAGCAUCAGCAGCAACAACAACAACAGCAGCAACAUGCCAGCCAAGAGGCAACUGCAGCCUCAGUAAUAAAAACCCGACAAGGCCCACAAGCAGCCGCACUCACCGCAUCCAAAGCAUUUAUCAAUAAUCAAAGUGAUGGAUUGUCAUUGUCAGCCUCACCGCCAGCAUCUACCACAAUGACAAAAACAACAACAUCGUCAUCAUCAGCAGCAGCAUCGUCCGCAUCACAGGGUAGCCAUGGCAAAAAUAAAAUGGCCAUAAAUACUACAACGGGCAACAAGAAAAAACUGAGAACCAAACGAGCUGCUGCCGCUGUGUCAAAGCCAGUUGCCGGAAAAGAUAAAAACCACAGUCAUAUUAAGAGCCACGACCAGAGCCAGAGAGCUGAUGAUGAUGAUGUUGUAACAAAAAUUCCAAAGAAACAACAUUCGAGUGGCAAGAAAACAUCAUCGAAACGACACAAUGGAAAAGUUUCCACCAAGACGGCGACAACGACACAUGGAAGUGGGGGAAAAUCUAAUUUAUCAUUGAGCUCCGAAGCAGGGACAAAAAAGGUAGCCACUGCCACCAACAAAAACAGCAAAAAUCGUGACAACAAUAAACAUUUGAAAAACACGCAACAACGUGAGAUAAAUACAAUAGGGGUAAUUCAUCAUCAUCAUCAGCAUCGGGAGCAGCAGCAGCAACAUCAGAAACAUCAUCAGCAACAGAGAAGGGAUUCGGUAGCGACAGCUCCUGGGGAAUCAUCAGUAAAAUUUGAAACCCAGAAACUCAGCCAUUCGAACAAAUUACAAAAACGACUAGCCAAACGGGAUGUUGCAAUGCAUCAUCAGCAGCAGCAGCAACAACAACAGUAUCAACCUGAAGAUACGACGAAAUCUAGAGCCCCGGCUUCAGGCUCGGAGACAUCAAAAAAUUUGUAUCAAACAUUGCAGCAACAACAGCAUUUAACAACAGACAAGGCUAAUGAAUAUCACACUAAUGAUGGCAAGGAUCAUACCGACAGUCAGCAUGACUAUAAUAAUCCGGGACAGGCUGGGCAGGAUAUUAACAACUCAAUUGAAAUGCAGGACAAGAAGAGAAUACGCAAAUCAUUAAAUCAAAACGAGGAUACUAAAGAAAUACUCUAUCAACAUCACACCCUGGAAUCCUUAAAAUCAUCCUCCUAUGAUGAUGAAUUCAAUAGCAAAGAAUCUCCCAGCCCUCAAAGGACAAAUCCCUCCAACGAUGAGGCAAGUGAAGAUGAUGUUGGUUCGGCUGCUUUUCAAUCUAACGAUGACCCAAUAAUGGCUUUAGAAAGUGUAGAUAUAUUUGAGAAUAAUAUUUUACAAUACAAUAAACACAGACACAACAGCAGCAAUAGCUUACUCAAUGAAAUGUCCAAUCAGGAUGACGACAAUGAAACUCUGGUCAGUGGUAUGGAUGAGGAGAAUGAUGAUCUGCAUCAAACUGCCGAAUUAAUGGAAGAGGAGGAUGAUGAUGAUGUAGAUAUGGGUCUGGAAGAAGAAGAUUUAGAUAUGGAAGCUGAUUGCAAUGAGAACGAUGAUGAUGAUGAUGAUUUGUUGGCCGAAAUUGUUGAAGAUUAUUCGUUGAAUGAUCCAAAAGUCCUAGAUGAAGUUUUAUCGAGUCUAAAUCAUGCAAUGCAAAACAUUAAUUAUUCAGAAGCAACAACGGCAACGACCACUACAGCAUCCACUACUACAACAACAACAGGUCAGCCGUUACCCACAGCCAGUGCUUUGACACAACUGAACAAUAAAAAUAACAACAACAACUACAACAACAUGAGGAAUGGACACAAUAACAAUCAACAAAAUGAUGACCAUCAUCAUUAUUAUCAACAACAGCAGCAACAACAACACAAAUUGUACCUGAAUGACAACUCACCUUAUCCCCCACACACUGCUAGCCACACCGAAGAUGAUAAUGAUGAGAAUACUACUGCCAACGACAACACCAACAACAUGGAUACAAGUGAUCUGAAUAAUGAACCACAUUUUGAUUAUUCACGUAUGGAAUAUAGCUUUCACAAUGGCAUUGCUACCCACAGUCUUGUAAGUCCUUAUGGUGGCCCCAUUGCAUCGGCUUCAGAUAUGCUAGGCAAUGGUAUCGGUGGCAUUGGCAAUGGUGGCGGUGGUGGUACCAUCAAUUUUGACAAUUACGAUAAUAUCAUCUACUCGACCAUGGAACUGGAAUGUAUGCCCGGCUAUGAUGGUGGCCUGCAACAGCAUUACUAUUUGGAAGCGUACGAUUCAAAAACAAAGAAGCUGCGUUUGAAUACGACUAGUACAUAUGCCGAUGUACCGAUAUUUCGUAUUGAUUUAAGUGAUUUAACACCCAUGGACUAUUAUCCCGAUCCAAAUCCUGCCCUACACUUAGUUGUGUACAGUGUCAAUCAAAAAGGACGCUCCGAGGCAAUUGUAUUGGAGAAUGUACCAAUUAAUGAGGCAGAAAAACGCUCAGAUGGACGCAUGGGUUUGUCAAUUCUACCGAUAGCAGCUCUCUUAACCGGCACACUUUUCACUGUGGGUAUUGCUGUAUUAUUUGUUGUUGUCGUAGCCGUUCGCAAGCGACGCUGUCAGGGUGGCCGUAACAUGUGCGAUGACAAGGAUAAACAUUUAGGAAUGGAUGUUACUGUGACAGCACCACUGGAGACUGGUCCGGGCCAUCAGCGGCUAGUUGUUGCCUAUACCCUAAAACAAGGCAUUGAAAAGCAACCGGAUAUAUUGAGUGCACAAAAAAAUACAACAGGCAGCGUGACUUCAUCACCAAUGGGAAAUCGACCAAGCGGUGGCAUUUUUAUAGAUACGAAUACCAGCAAUGGCGGUGUAGGCUCUAAGGCUGGCAAUUACACGGGCAAUGGUGGUGUGGGCAAUAGCACAACAACAGGAAACUAUGAUUCGCCAACAAUGAAUUACAAUGAUGCUUCAGCCACCGAUCCAUUACAACAGCAACUCAAUAGCCCUCCUUCACAAUCGAGCACACUGAAAUUGGGCUCGGAUAGCAACAGGAAGCCAUAUCAAACCCCACCACUACUAUACGAUGCUCUCAAUCGUCAUGAUAUCUCACGUUAUGACCCACUGCCAUUGGCCAUGAAUUAUGGGGGAAGUAAUACCACAUUAAGUUCCGGCGGUAGUGCUGGCAACCACUCGCUAACCAACAAUGCAACCACAUCACUUAUGCAGAGCAACCUCAGCAAUGGUCACUACAGCAGCAACAACAGUAAUCAUCAUCACCAUCACACAUUGCCGCAUCCAACAACGAUGGCCAUGCAACAACAACAGCAGCAGCAAUUGGCAUCGAGCGCCACACAUCAAGGCAUGGGUACGGAGAAGCUAUCAAUAGCUGAUUAUCUUACGGCCAGUAGUCUAAUUGAUUACAAUCUGAGUAAAGCUGCCACGGGGAUGUUGAGUAACACCAUUGCCGGUGCUGCUGGUGGUGGCGGCGUUGGUAUUGGUACCAACAGUGGCAGUGGUUCUUCCAAUUCAAUUAUGGGCCAUAUGACCCUGCCCAAAGGCUUGGGCUUAGGCUCCAUUAUGGGCGGCGGUGGUGGUGGUGGAGUUGGUAGCACAAAUCAACCAGUCACUGCCGCAGCAGUUGCAUCGGUUGCAACUGCAUCAUCAACUACGCCAAACUCGACUAUAACACCUUCAUCUUCCAGCAAUUUGGCCAUAACACAAAAAACCAACACUAACCGUAAUCAUAUUAUAACGGAUACCCUACCGGGCCCCGAAAGUUGUGUUUAA